GUGUGGGGCAAUGCUCCUCCGUUCCUGCAGAUGGCGCUGUGGGGCUGUGUGCUGCUGGUUGACCCGCGUAAAGAAGAAGCCUACAAAACACACUUCUGCUGAAAGCGGAUUAAUUUCACUUAGUAUAGAAGAGUUUACAGCUUUAAUCCGAAUUCACUGCUGAUCUGGAUUAAACAAGAGGACCGCGCACACGGAGACAGGGUUAACAUGCUGUUGGCGCAGGCUGGCACAAAGUUCCAGCAUGCGGGAGGUGAUGCCCAGGAGGUCACGCUGUGCCUAACUGAAGGUGUUGGGAUUUCAGAUGGUGAUCAGAACAUUGAUGCAGUCAGUCUGCAGGCUGUGACUCUCGCAGAUGGUUCAACUGCAUAUAUACAGAAUAAUAUUCAAGAUGCCAGUGUCAUGGAAGGGCAGAUCAUUCAGCUGGAUGAUGGCUCUACUGCAUUCGUUCAUCAUAUUGCUGUACCAAAAGAAGAGCCCAGUGAAUGGUCGGGAACAGCUAUUUCUGAUGGGAUGGGAGGUGAAAGCUUGAGUCUGGAGGACGGUCAGGCCAUUCAGCUAGAAGAUGGGACCACUGCGUACAUCCAGCACACUCCCAAAGAGUCGUAUGAGUCCAGUGCUCUGCAGGCAGUGCAGCUGGAGGACGGAUCCACUGCCUACAUCCAGCAGGCUGUUCAAAUCCCACAGUCCAACACAGUCCUGUCCAUCCAGCAGAACGGCAGGCUGUCUGACUUGCAUGUGGAGGGAGCCAUUGACCCAGAAACGAUCAGCGUGCUGGAACAGUUCACCACUAAGAUAGAAGAAAUAGAACCUUUUACAAAUGCUGAGUUCAUCACAAAUGGCCAGGAAGGUGUGGUACAAAUGCAGAUUCUUCUCCCGGGUCACAGCAGUCGGCGUGCUGUUCAGUCUGGAGAGAAGUCGUUUCAGUGCAGUUAUGAGGGAUGUGGUAAACUUUACACCACAGCUCAUCACCUCAAAGUACAUGAACGAAUACACACUGGUGACAAACCUUACUGCUGUGAUAAACCAGGCUGUGGAAAGAAGUUUGCUACAGGUUAUGGCUUAAAAAGCCACAUCAGAACACACACCGGUGAAAAACCGUACUGCUGCCAAGAAUUGAACUGCAAAAAAUCAUUCAAGACCUCUGGAGAUCUCCAAAAGCACACCAGAAUCCACACAGGAGAGAAGCCGUUCAUGUGUCCUUAUGAAGGAUGUGGGCGAUCCUUCACUACCUCCAACAUCUGCAAAGUGCACGUCCGCACUCACACAGGGGAGCGGCCGUAUCACUGUCCAGAGCCGGGCUGUGACCGGGCCUUCGCUAGUGCAACAAACUACAAAAACCACAUCCGGAUCCACACUGGAGAGCGUCCAUACGUGUGCACUGUUCCCGGCUGUGAGAAGCGCUUUACGGAGUACUCCAGUCUGUAUAAACAUCAUGUGGUUCACACCCCCUGCAAACCCUACUGCUGCAACCACUGCGGGAAGACCUACAAGCAGAUUUCCACCCUGGCCAUGCACAAGCGCACCGCACACAAUGACUCCGAGCCCAUCGAGGAGGAGCAGGAGGGCUACUUCGAACCUCCAGCAGCCAUCGACGAUCCCUCCAUAAAUGACGUCACAGCAAGAGGUGUGACCGGCUGCUCAGAGAUGACCCAUCUGACCUCUGAAAUUGAAGGGCAGGACCAAGCACAAAAUGCAACAGAGACCCACGAGGCAGUCAGUAAUACCAUCACAAUGGUAACACAAGAUGGCAGCAUGAUCACUCUUCCAGCCAGCGAGUCCAUGCUGUCCUCAGGGGAAGUCACCAUGCUGCAGGAAGAUGGUACAGAGGCGCGGAUGGCCAUCAUGUCACAUGAUUUAGCUUCAUUUCAGACCAAACAUGAAGGUUACCCAGUUACUCUUCUAGCCACAUCUAACGGUACACAGAUCGCUGUAGAGCUGGAUGAUCAUACCUCACUGGAGGAAGCUCUGAGGAUAGCAUCCAGCUUAAAUCAGGAAGACACAGAGUGACCGGGGGAUACUGCAGCUCAGCUCAUACUGGACCUCAGUAUGAAUGAACAAUAAUAAGAUAUUAUAAAAAAAAAUCAAAGAUGGAUGUAAAACAUUUUGUUUAUAAAGUUCUUUUUUUGUUUCUCAUUUUGAUCAGAGUUUAAGAACAGGAGAAGAUUUCCUAGAUCUUGUUUACAUUCAUAUUUUUUUAUAAUAUGUACAGAUGUUAUACAGGCAGUGUGGGGCCCUUUCUGACUUUUUAAAAUAAAAAGAAAUUCAUGUAAUGAUG